AUGCAGUUUCAACACGGUGGGACUGUGGUCCCCUGUGGGACUGUGGGCCUUUGUGGGACUAAGGGCCCCUGUGGGACUGUGGUACCCUGUGGGACUGUGGGCCUUUGUGGGACUGUGGGCCCCCAGUGGGACUGUGGGCCCCUGUGGGACUGUGGUCCACAGUGGGACUGUGGGCCCCCAGUGGAACUGUGGGCCCCCAGUGGGACUGUGGGCCUUUGUGGGACUAAGGGCCCCUGUGGGACUAAGGGCCCCUGUGGGACUAAGGGCCCCUGUGGGACUAAGGGCCCCUGUGGAACUAAGGGCCCCUGUGGGACUAAGGGCCCCUGUGGGACUGUGGUACCCUGUGGGACUAAGGGCUCCUGUGGGACUGUGGGCACCUGUGGGACUGUGAGCACCUGUGGGACUGUGGGCCUUUGUGGGACUGUGGGCCCCUGUGGGACUGUGGGCUCCUGUGGGACUGUGGGCUCCUGUGGGACUGUGGGCCCCUGUGGGACUGUGGGCACCUGUGGGACUGUGGGCACCUGUGGAACUGUGGGCCCCUGUGGGACUGCGGGCCCCCAGUGGGACUGUGGGCCCCUGGUGGACUGUGGGACUGUGGGCCCCUGUGGGACUGUGGUCCUCAGUGGGACUGUGGGCCCUCAGUGGGACUGUGGGCCCUUGUGGGACUGCAAGACCCACAGGAAGGCCAAAUUUUUCCAUUGUUCCAACAAUAUGUCAUUGCGCGUGUGA